AUGAGAAGCGGUCAGUUGCGUAUUACAGAUGUAGAGGAUCUCGUUAUCUACCUUCACCUAAUUCUUGGCUACAUAGAAUGUGACGCGAUGAGAAGCGGUCAGAUGCGUAUUACAGACGUAGAGAUUGCACAAGAGCAAACUUCUGUCGGCAACAAUGAAUGUUCAUCUGAGAUUGAAUACGUGAUGACUUCUGCCGCUAGAGAGAAAGCAGUCGAUAUGCACAAUUAUUACAGGAGCCUAUUGGCGAAUGGACAGGUAGAGAAUGGUCAUUUUGGAAUGUUUCCUACUAGUGGAAGCCUUCGCAAAUUG